AAAAGUCGGACUGGUUAAAAAUUAGCAUUGCUAUUAUUGUGAUUAUUAUUAUUAUGAUUAUUGUUAUGAUUUUUAAACAAUUUUGGCCAACAUACAAUUUGGCUAUGCGACAAAGUAUCUUUCUUCGCUCAUUAAUCUAACUGUUAAAAAAAGGGUACAGACAGAUAGUAUUUAAUGACCUUUUUCAAUGAGUUCAUGUAUUCCAUGAUAGAAGUCAUGAAUAACUUAAUUUACACUACUCGAUAAAUAAUAUUUAAUCAGUUAAUUUUUGUCAUCAUAAUCAUCAUCAUCAUUAAUCAUAAUGUUAUUGUAUUUAACGGAAAUUAAAUAUGUAACAAAAAAUUUUGCAUCAAUAAAACUAUAUGGAAUUUCUAUGGCUUUCAACAUUGUAUUAUUCUCUUCACAGUCAUCAAUGUUCAAAUUCCUAUGAAACAGUUUUAAUGAUGAUAGAUAAUAAAAUCUGAAGCUAAAUAAUCUCAGUCAAUAAUGGAUUUUGAAACUAAACCAAAUAUAAAUGAAACUCAGCAAUCUCAUUUAAUACAGCCAUCAUCAUCACCGAAUGUAAAUAAUUCAUCCUUAGAUCAUCCAAACUCUCAAUCGACCGUAAAUCACAUUAUUCAGGAAGAAAAUGGAAAUGAUGAUGAAGAAGAAUAUGCUCACGAAGAAAAUAAUCUACGUAAUCAUCAACAUCAUCACCAUAAUUCAUUGACUGCUGGCAGUAAAGUUUGUGGGGCUGCAUUUAACACCAUGCCAAUUUAUGAUCCUCAAGGCAGUUUAGUUGGUCUGCAAGCACCGACAGAUAGAAAUUUAUUGGAAGAUUUCGACAAUGAAGGAAGAAAUGAAUCUCCUGCGUACAAUGCACAUUUACAACCUGCUUUCCACUAUCAUCUUCACCCUCAAUAUAAUUUAGCUCUUGAACAGAAUGCGAAUAUGGUCUCAGGUGAACAUAAUAUACCGUAUGGAGCCUAUGCCUUCAACCAUCAAAAUCGUCAUUUGUUUACACCACUACCAUGUCAUCAACAACAGCAGCAACAACAAUUCCACCAACAAAAUUAUUCUUUUCUUCAUAAUUAUCAACAACCACAAUACCAGCAACCACAAAGUCACCAACAAACUCAUUAUGUUCAUCAGUAUCAACCUCAAGCGGCUAAAACACUUCUAGUCAGAUCUGCUUCAGGCAUCGUUGGCAUGGAUCGUAAUAAUCAUGAUAACCCUGAUGUUUUCAGACAAUUAUCUAAUGAGAAAUUUGACAAAUGUCCUAUAGUUUGUAGUCUCUUUGCCAUCUUUUGUUGUCCAAUUACUAUAUGGUGUUCACUACCGGCGUUAGUUUAUUCACUGUGUGCCUAUACUGAUUAUCGUGCCUCAGAUAUUAUUCAAUACAGACGUAAAAGUGAUAUUGCAAGACAUUUAGUUAUUACAGCAUGUAUAGUUGGUUUGUUAUUAUGCAUAACUUGGGCAAUAUUAACGUUUUUGUAUUACGAAUUAAUGCUGUCAGUGUUUAAUGAUAUUAUACGUGUCGUUUCUCAGAGAAUACGGUCCGGGAUAUAAAAAUGUGUUGAUUUGAACAAUCGUGAAACAAUGAAAAUAUUUCUCAUUCUUUCUCUCUUUCUUUUGAUUUUGUUCUUAUUCACUAAAUUGUUUUACUUUUGAAGCGACAAGAAAACAACUCAUUGUAUUUCUUAAAAAACUCAGUGUCUAAAUACCAUGAAUUCAGUAAAACAAUUCAAGAAAACCAGUGAUAGAAUUCAUUAUCAGUAUUUCCUUUGUUUUAAUUCAGUAAUACAGUGAAUUCGUA